AUGAGGCAUGAAGGGCACCCUACCAACAUCACGCUCGCCAGCACCAACUUUGCUGCAAUAUACAGCCACUUCAGCAGAGACUUUCCCUUCUACCCAAACUACACUUUCCCCUUCAACUUCAGCUACAACGACUAUGAUCUACCCCUGGACGACGGUGACGACGUGACCAAGACCCGCACUUUCUUUGCCGCCAAGAUCGUCAUCGGUGUGGCGCUGGUUGGUAUCAUGCUGGUCUGUGGCAUCGGCAACUUUGUCUUCAUCGCCGCUCUGGCCCGGUAUAAGAAGCUGCGCAAUCUCACCAACCUUCUCAUUGCAAACCUGGCUAUCUCUGACUUCAUUGUGGCCAUCGUCUGCUGCCCCUUUGAGAUGGACUACUAUGUGGUCCGGCAGCUGUCGUGGGAGCAUGGCCAUGUGCUCUGCGCCUCGGUCAACUACUUGCGCACUGUCUCACUCUACGUCUCCACCAAUGCGCUCUUGGCGAUUGCUGUGGACAGGUACCUCGCCAUCGUUCACCCACUGAAACCCAGGAUGAACUACCAAACAGCAACCAUUCUGAUUGCCGUUGUCUGGAUCAUCUCUCUAAUCAUUGCCUUCCCAUCCGCGUAUUUUGCGACGGAAACCGAAUUAUUCAUGAUCAAAAACCAAAAGAAAAUUUUCUGUGGCCAGAUUUGGCCUGUCGACCAGCAGAUGUAUUACAAAUCCUACUUCCUCUUCAUCUUUGGCAUCGAGUUUGUCGGACCCGUUCUCACCAUGACCCUCUGCUAUGCCAGGAUCUCGCGAGAACUGUGGUUCAAAACGGUCCCAGGCUUUCAGACGGAACAGAUCCGGAAGAGGCUCCGUUGCCGGAGGAAAACAGUGCUGGUUCUGAUGUGUAUCCUGACAGCCUACGUCCUCUGCUGGGCACCUUUCUACGGAUUCACAAUCGUCCGUGAUUUUUUCCCCACCGUGUUUGUGAAAGAGAAGCAUUACCUUACCGCCUUUUACAUAGUGGAAUGCAUAGCCAUGAGCAACAGCAUGAUAAACACCAUGUGCUUCGUAACAGUAAAGAACAACACCAUAAAGUACUUCAAGAAGAUCAUGUUGCUCAGGUGGAGGUCCACCUACCAUGGAGCCAAGUCUAGCGUAGAUACCGACAUCAGAACUAGCGCCAUGCCUGUGACAGAGGUGGAUUGCAUUAGGCUAAAGUGA